CGUUCACGUCACAUGACGUUGUGCUCGCUCCCGGGAGUCUCGCGGUGACAACUUAGGUCAUCGCUAGAAAAGAAAGGAUUUGCAAAAUGGAGGUGGCAGAAACGGUCCUUCUGUGAGCGGCGUAAAGGUACAUCUAGUCAUGUCUGAGUCUCUGUAUGAGAAGUUCUUGGCCCCGGAAGAGCCUUUCCCUCUCCUCUCCCAAAGAGCCAACCUCAGCGAUGUGGGAACCCUGGAUGUCAGCGACUUUGGCUGUCAACUCUCAUCUUGUCACAGAACCGAUCCCCUACACCGCUUCCACAGCAACAGGUGGAACCUUACUUCCUGUGGGACCAGCGUUGCCAGCUCGGAGUGCAGCGAGGAGCUCUUCUCCUCUGUGUCUGUGGGGGACCAGGACGACUGCUACUCCCUUCUGGAUGACCAGGAACUGACCUCUCUGGACCUGUUUCCAGAGGGCAGCGUUUGCAGUGACGUCUCCUCCUCUAUCAGCACCUACUGGGAUUGGUCCGACAGCGAGUUUGAGUGGCAGUUGCCAGGAAGUGACAUCGCCAGCGGCAGCGAUGUCUUCUCUGACAUCAUCCCCAGCGUGCCGAGCUCGCCCUGUCUGUUUUCCAAGAGGAAGCCCAAGGCCCACCCUCAUCGCAACCUGGAUGAGUUACCAUGGAGUGCCAUGACCAACGACGAGCAGGUGGAGUACAUCGAGUACCUGAGCCGGAAGGUCAGCACGGAGAUGGGCCUGAGAGAGCAGCUGGACAUCAUCAAGAUCAUCGACCCCUGUGCUCUGAUCUCUCCCACCGACAGCGAGUUCAUCAUAGAGCUCAACUGUCUCACGGACGAGAAACUCAAGCAGGUGCGUAACUACAUCAGAGAGCACAGCCCCCGGCAGCGGGCCAGCAGCACCAGAGAGGGCUGGAAGAGGGGCAGCCACAGCAGCGCCAGCACCGGCGGCGUCAGCGCGGCCAGCAGCAGCAACGCCAGCAUGGUCAGCUCCGCCAGCUCCUCCGCUGGCUCCACGGCCUCCAACUCCGUGGCAGGUGGAACGGCAUCGGCCUGUAGCGGAGGCAGCGUUGCUAACAUUAGCAGAGCUCACAGCGAUGGCAACCUCUCCAGCGCUGCAGAACGUAUACGAGACUCUAAAAAACGUUCCAAGCAGCGUAAGCUCCAGCAGAAGGCCCUGCGUAAGCGGCAGCUGAAAGAGCAGCGGCAGGCCCGCAAGGAGCACCUCAGCGGUCUGUUCCUGAACGAGGAGGUGCUGGCGAUGCGGGUGACGGAGGAGGACGACCACGGCGACGACCUGGACAUACUGAUGUGACAGCAGUGAAUCAAUCGGUGCUCCCUCUACGCCUGAUCUCUGCCCCCCCCCUCCCCCAGAGCCACAGAGCUCAUGGACCACGCUGCUCACCGAACCCGCCGCACGCAUCCGCUUCCAGUAGGCUGACCUAACGAGUCAUGUCAGACGGGCAGGAAUAGCUUGCAGUCGCCUCCAACACAGCUUGACACACCGCUUGCUGAUACUAGUGUAGCGCUGCUAGUGCUAAAGCUGAUAGCCGCCGCGGUCACGGAUAAGCUAGCUACAGCAAUAAUGCAAAAAUACAGCUAAUGCUUUGAUUAGAUGCUGACCUCGACCUCAGUCCAGCCUGCUUGAAGCCAGCUGUAACACACACACAUAUAUGUGCUACAACGGACAGUUAUUUUAGCUUACUACGGUUACCCAGCUUGUAGAUGGUGUAACAGCACACCGCCACUGCUACUAAUACACUCACCGCUGGCAGAAGGACAGAUCAGGCAAGAGAAGCAGAGUUCGGACCACGUUAUGCAGAAAAUCAGUUAUUUAUUUCUUCUUUAACAUGCAAAGGGGGCGGAGCUGUAUGCAUGGUGGCAGUAGUCUGUUCACCUGCUGACCUGGUUUAAAACUGCUGCAGGUAUUGUUCAGCGAAACUACACACCUAAAGUCAAAGUGGCUUGAAUCUGAAUUGUAUCUGUAGCAGUUUUAACGUGACAGCAGAGUGACUGACUGUAAAUGUUGAGUGUCGUCAUGGCAACGCAUCUGGGGAAAGCAAUUCUGAGAUUGAAACCUUGCAUUGAUGAGGAAUUUCUCCACAUUGGGUAAGCUUGAAGUUAUCCUCCGAAGCUUGACAAACAUCCGUCUGGGAUUAAGAGGGUUCCUGGUUUGGACUCUUGACGUGAGCCGCUCUUGUCUUUCUACCUGCCGAGUGUCGUGGUCCCCUUUUUUCACCCCCCGAAGGCCUAGAGGGAGCACUGAAUCUGCAUGUUUACAUCGUCACCCACACCGAGUCCCCGUGUGGUCCAAUAACUAACAACUCGCCUCGUUAUUCGCUUACACCUGUUUAAAAAAAAAAAAAAUAGCUUAUGUGUUGUAAAUACAUGAUAAAUAACAGCAUAUUUUACCGCUUGCUUUAAGGUUUUCCUUGGUGAUAAAGGUUUGAUUUGAAGUUUUCCUCCCCUUUGUGUCUGUGUGUAUAUAUAUAUAUAUAUAUAUAUAUAUAUAUAUAUAUAUAUAUAUUAUAAUAAGGUAGUGAACUAAUUGGUUAUCGUAGCUGAAAUGCUGUCAAUUGCCACUGGUUCUUUGCUAUAUUUGGAGUCUUAUUUUGAAGCAUUUAGCUGUUCUGUCACCAGUACUUGAGUUUGGUCAUCGUCUCAGACAUCUUUUGAAAAGUCCUCUUUAGUUUCUCCGACAGCACUCCUACUGUGUAUUAUUGCCUGAGACAGACCUAAAUAUUCUCUUUUUUUUUAUUUUAUGAUUUGACCACCGUGAUUAACUUUGAAGCAUUCGAGCACCGGUAAAGUCUUUAUAAGAAGUUCUUACAGAUCAUAUUGCGUCUGUCCACGUACUGUAUGGCCCGUUUGGUAUUUGGCGCUGAACUUGGAGCUGGUUUCUUAAGCGCGUGUGCAUCCGACAUUGAGCCAUUAACUUUCAGAAGCGUGUCCACGUUGACAAAAAGCACUCACACCUUCAGCUUUAUGUGGAGUUGUAGCUACCAUGCCGUUAUCAUAUUUGCUAGGAGUAGCAACCAGAGAGAUUGUUUCCUUUGUUUGUUUGUGUGUGUGUGUGUGUUUGUUUUCCUUUCCCGCAGCUCCUCGGCUGUUACACACAUGAUGAACCACUGCAGUUACUGGGCCUGAAAGCCUGCUGUCCUUUUCCUUUAUGUGUGCUGAGCUUUGGCUCUCGUCUCCGUCUCAUGUAUAAAGUUAUUAAUCGCAGCAAUUAUGGUAAAUUCAGCUUUAUGUAUUCUGUAGGUCUGAAUUAGUAAAACUCUAUUUUGAAAAAUAAAAUACUUUUGAAAAAAAAUAAUUAAAAAAUAAGCCAGCGUGAUGCAACAAAAGUGUCAGUGUAUAUAAAGUAAUUGCUGAUAAUUGAAGGAUUAAAUGUGGGUUAAAAAGAAGUUUGAAGUAAACUGAGCUGUUUUUCCCCUCAGAAUGAUUUGACACCAGGGAGACCCCGGUUGAGUCAAACAGAUUUUUAACCAUCAGCUACAAUAAUACCAGUGUUCCUACAUGUUUUGGUCCCUCACAGACCACCAUGAAGCGGUGCUGCCUGCAGUUGGCCCCUGUCUUGUCGCUGGCUGAAGCGUAUUGAAUACCAGAGAUGCCAUGUUGGGGCUUCAGGCAGCACUGUGUUCAGUCCACUCAAUGGUUCUGACUGUAAACUCGACAAAUAAACUUACAUUGUUGCAUCCUAUUGUUCUCGUCUGUGGUGGCGUUUUCUUUCAAGUGUGAGUGCAUUACAGGCUGUGAACCAGCCUCGAGUUAAAGAGUGCAAACAUGUACAUUUUCUUCUUUUAUUGAAGUUUGUUUAUUGGUUCUUGUCUCAUUAAUGAAGGUCCUAUUCUCCAUGCACUGAUAACUAACAGAGCGCUGGAGUCUCUUAAUGAUCGUUUAGGGGAGACGGGUUAGUUGACACACAUAUUUGCUGCCAUGUUAAAACAUCUAAAAGUCAGUAACGCUGUUGUCGAGGGUAACAUUUCUAUUUGAUAGUAUCGCUAGUAAAUAUGUGGUAUGUGGACUAAACGUAUAAAACUGAUAGUGUAGUA